AGCUUGUCUCGAACUACCUGGCGAACGAAUCCGACGGUCAGCCCGCGGCAGCCCGAUUGCUACCUUUCAACAUCCCACAGCGAUAUAUCGGUGACCGCAUAUAGUACGGACACGUUUUCUCCCUCUCGAUUUCCACCCGAUACUGCAGUACCUCUAGCCAUCCGGCAAUUCGACAAAGUCAUCCGAACAACUACCUCUACGUCGAGUUCGCCCGUCUUGCGACAGUCUAGCAAGCAGAUCCUGACGCCGUUGCGGCCACCAGCGUUGAUCGACCCACCCCUGCGGGACGCUCGCGAACAAAGCCCUUUACAUAUUUGCGACCAUGAGUGCCGCCAACGGUGAACAACCAGCAGUGCAGCCGUGUCGAUACAAAGUUGGCAAGACUUUGGGCGCCGGUUCAUACUCGGUCGUCAAGGAAUGCGUACACAUCGACACCGGUCGCUACUAUGCGGCCAAGGUCAUUAACAAGCGGCUGAUGGCCGGCCGGGAACACAUGGUUCGUAAUGAAAUCGCCGUGCUCAAGAAGGUGUCCAUGGGCCACCAGAACAUCCUGACCCUGGUCGACUACUUCGAGACCAUGAACAACCUCUAUCUCGUCACCGACCUCGCCCUGGGCGGCGAGCUCUUCGACCGCAUCUGCCGCAAAGGCUCCUACUACGAAUCCGACGCCGCCGACCUCAUCCGCGCCACCCUGUCCGCCGUCGCCUACCUGCACGACCACGGCAUCGUCCACCGCGACCUCAAGCCCGAGAACCUUCUCUUCCGCACGCCCGAGGACAACGCCGACCUGUUGAUCGCCGACUUUGGUCUCAGCCGGAUCAUGGACGAGGAGCAAUUCCACGUGCUGACCACCACCUGCGGCACACCCGGCUACAUGGCACCGGAAAUCUUCAAAAAGACCGGCCACGGCAAACCCGUCGACCUCUGGGCCCUCGGCGUGAUCACCUACUUCCUGCUGUGCGGCUACACCCCCUUCGACCGCGACUCCGACUUCGAAGAGAUGCAGGCCAUCCUCAACGCCGAUUACUCCUUCACCCCGCUCGAGUACUGGCGCGGCGUGUCGGACAGCGCCAAGGACUUUAUCCGCAGGUGUCUGACCAUCGACCCGGCCAAGCGCAUGACCGCCCACGAGGCGCUGCAGCACCCCUUCGUUGCCGGCUGGGCCCGCGGAGCCGAUGGCGCUGAGGCGGAUAAGGGCGCUAAUCUGCUGCCGACUGUCAAGAAGAACUUUAAUGCGAGAAGGACGCUGCAUGCGGCUAUUGAUACGGUGCGCGCUAUUAAUAAGUUGCGCGAGGGCCAAUUGAUGAACGGCGGGAGGAGCCGCGAGCCUGCGAAGAAAGCGGCGGCGGCGGGUGCGGGUGCGGGUGCAGGUGCGGUGCCACCGGCAGUAGGAGGUCCGGGGGUGGAUGAUGGAUUAGCAGUAGCGCUCGGCCCAACGCUCGGAAAGGAGGCGAGCAUGGUGUCGACGGCGAGCAGCAAUGUCACCAAGGACAGCGGGUACGCGACGCAGCCGGAUGGGGAGGGGGGCUCUAGAGAUGGGGACGAUGUCCUUAUGAGGGAUGCGUCGGCGCCAGCGCCAUCAUCAUCAUCGCCAGCGCCGCCUGCACAGCACGCAUCGCCAGCGCCGCUGCACGCGGGAGUGCCGAGUAUUCUACGGCCGGGCAGUAUCGAGAAUAAGGUUGUCGAGACUGGUAAGGGGUUGUGGAAUGGGACUAGUGUUAAGCGAUGAUCACUCUUCUCUUUUCUUUCUGGGGGAUGGGUUGGGCAGGCGGUUGAUAUAACUAAAUAUGGCUCUGGAAGGGCGGUUCGGUUCUCUUAUAAUGUUAUAAUGACGUGUUUCCAAGGUUUCUUGAUGAGCGGGUUUCUUCUCAGUUGUAUGGAUUUUUUUUUUCGGGUUUUACUAUACCAGAGUGAAUAACCGGCGGGCGUUUUGCUUCUAUGAUAUGAUAUGAUAUCUGUUACCUACACUUGCUUCUUACUUCAUGGUGAUGAUGGUGGUUUCCGUUUCUCGCUGAUGAUGAUGAACAGACAUG